AUGGAGCUCAACGAAGCGGGAAAAGAUCGGACUUUGUAUAAAUCGAAGGAAGACCUAGUUCAUGAAAACUCAUGCUGCGAAGGCGAAAAGAUUGAAUUGGAAGGCUCUCUCAUUGCGGAGACCACCUCGUUCGUUUACCUUAGGCGAUCAAUGAACAUGCGAAAUAACAUGAAGGAGGAUCUGGAUAAAAGAAGGAGGGCAGUUUGGGCCGCAUUCAGGCCUCUCAAAGAAGCUACCGACCAACUGAAGAACCCGAAAAUCCGCGUUCAUCUCUUCGAUUCUACGGUGUUUCCAACGCUCUGUUAUGUUGCAAAGACGAAUCGUGCUCCACUACGGACCAAAAACCAUUACCCUCCUGAUCAGAAAGCGUUUUCCAUAACCAGAGAUUCUAGUGAAACGACCGGAAAAUAUCAAGACGGACUUUGUUUUAAAGGAGAGAAUAAUCUUGUUUAUACAGAAUACAAAGGCAAUGAUUUUUGGACUAAAACAAUGGCUUAUGUUAGUUGGUUAAGGACCAAGUUUUUCGUACUUGGUGCUGAGACUUCCUUAGCAAUGGGUACUGAGGAUUUGAUCAAAGGUGGUCAGAAAGUGUUCUCUAUGAUACUCGAUGCUGUAGUGGGUAGGAAAUUGGAUUCAUUAGCACCGCUAACAUUAGGACAUUCCGUAUUAGAUAUCCAUCGAAAGUUAGUUUGGAGCUUGGUGGAAAAACAGAAGUGUGCUCUUUCGGUUACAAAUGCCGAUUUUGUUGGUGUUAAUGGUUUUGUAUACAACUGGGAUGGGUUCACUACUGAGCGAGGUACAUUAGCACGGCUGAUCCACUCAACAACUUUCGUUUCCCAUGACGCUUCGGGUGAACUUUUGGAUAAACCGUACUUUAAAUAUUCGAUUGUCCUAACUGCUUUACUGAGAAAAAAUGAAUUGUAUAGAAUGGCAAGUUACCAAGUACGACAGUUGCCUUUUAAUUUUAACGAAGAUAGGAUGUUACUGAAAAUGCCUGCUGAUUACGGGUUUAUUACUCCGCGUUACGUGGUAGUACGCAUCGAUAUGUGUCACGAGGCUUGUAUGUCGUUCUUGGAGGACCCUGAAGAGCCAUUUCGAGUGAGAGCUGGCGUGCAGCAAUCUGCUGGAAGAUCUCGAAGACGUGGGGAUUUAGGUACAAGCGAAAACCCCAUCGUCUUAUGUCCAUCUCCAGUUCAACCAGCAUUGGCUGGGGACUUGUCAGCCGGGAGGACACAGUCAGUUUGUCGAAUGGCGCGAAGGAAAUGCCCACUCGGUGCUUACGUAGAGAUCAUUGAGAAUCCAAGGCCAGUGCGCUCGUCUUCAGUGGAGUCAUGUAACAUGUGUCGUGGGCCAAUUCAAGGCAUGCAUAAAGAUGCUCAGUUCAAUGAAGUAGUUGAAUCGUUUUUGCUCACAAAUCCAACCAAACGCCGUAGUUCAAGUGAAUUGGAAGCUCUUGACGCCACGGAAGCUGAUUUCAUACAAUGGCAAAACCGUGGACAUUCGCGUACUCGACGAAGGGGAACAAUGCCACAAACCCGAAGUCGUACAUCUGCAGACAGGGCCAUUCGAACUCCUCUUGUGAUUCGUGUCAGUAAUAUUCGUGCUCAUCGUGCUCCACUUACAAAUCGCCAAAGGAGUCAGCAAGGGAUUUUGGAGGACUGGUUCACUGUUUAG